GGACGCUUUUCUACGAGCAGUGUCUCCACGCCACACACACACACACACACACACACAUCCGACAACCUCCCGGAGAGGACACCAUAAAGAGACGUUCUUUCUGCCACGACCAUCCACAAACUCACACGCAGAACACGCAGCUCGAGCUACCCGCAGCAAUGGAGAUGGACAGCGGCAUGGCCUUUGCGCCUCAGCAAAAGAACGCAGCGACGAUUCUCUGCGCAGACUGCGGUGCGCCCGUCGACGGCACUAUCUCCGGCGCCUUCUGCUACGACUGCAUCAAGCUCAAGACCGAUGUCACAACCGGCGUCCAGCGCGAGGCCAUCCUGCUCAUGUGCCGCGACUGCGAUCGAUGGCUCUCACCACCUACUUCCUGGGUCGUCGCCGCUCCCGAGUCGCGCGAGCUGCUCGCCCUGUGCCUGCGUAAACUGCGAGGCCUCAACAAGCUGAGGAUCAUCGACGCCAGCUUCAUCUGGACGGAACCCCACAGCAGAAGGAUCAAGGUCAAGAUCACAGCACAGUCGGAGAUCAACGAGGGCGCGAUCAUGCAGCAGACCUUCGAAGUCGAGUACAAGCAGAACUACCACCAGUGCCCCGAUUGCGCCAAGAGCUACACACACAACACAUGGAGGGCUUGCGUGCAGGUGCGACAGAAGGUGCCGCACAAGAGGACGUUCCUCUACCUGGAGCAGUUGAUUCUGAAGCACGGCGCACACAAGGACACCAUCAACAUCAAAGAGGUCCACGACGGCAUCGACUUCUUCUUCGCCCAGCGCAACCACGCCACCGCCUUCUGCGACUUCCUCAAGGCAGUCGUACCAGUCAACAUCAAGGACUCGCAAGAGCUGAUCUCCCACGACAUCCACACCUCGACCAAGAACUACAAAUUCUCCUACUCGUGCGAAAUCGUCCCCAUCUGCAAAGACGACCUCGUCGUCAUCCCCAUCCCCCUAGCCAAGAAAAUCGGCAACAUCGCCCCCCUCGGCCUCUGCUCGCGCAUCGGCACAUCCGUCCAAAUCCUCGACCCGCAGACGCUGCAAACGGCCGACAUCGACCAGAAGCUGUACUGGCGCACGCCCUUCCGGCCGCUCGCCGACGUCCAAGAACUAACCGAGUUCAUCGUGCUGGAUAUCGAGCCCUUGGGAAAGCAAGCCGGGCGGCACUUCCUCGCAGAAGCGACCAUCGCGCGCGCCUCGGACAUGGGCGCAAACGACCAGACGUACUACUGCCGCACACAUCUCGGCGGCAUUCUGCAUGUUGGAGAUAGUGUAAUGGGCUACCUCCUCAGCAACACAAACUUCAACAACGAGCUCUUCGACGUGCUCGAGCAGUCCAACAAAUACAGCGCCACAAUCCCCGACGUCAUCCUCGUCAAGAAGUUCUACCAGCGCGCCAAGAAGAACAAGAACAAGCGCACCUGGCGCGUCAAGCGCAUGGGCAAGGAGGAGAGCGAGAUGCUGCCCCGCAAACAGGAUCAGGAGAAGAUGGAGCGCGAUUUUGAAAUGUUUUUGCAGGAUGUUGAGGAGGAUCCGGAGCUUAGGGCGACCAUGGCGCUGUACAAGGCGCAGCAGGAACAGCAGCAGCGCGAUGAGGAUGCCAUGGAGACCGAGGACGAAGGGGAGGAUGAUGAGGGGUUGGAGAUUCCGAUGGAGCAGUUGUUGGAUGAUUUUGAGGACAUGACUAUGAAAGAUUAGGAGGCUGCGGUUCUGCCGCAAUGGCUGUUAGUGUGAACGUUCUGCUGCAUUUCGAGGCGUUAGCGGUCUAAAAAGGGCAUGAUUGACAG